UAUAAGGAGAGGGUGAGAAAGAGAUGUCACUCCAAAGCUGUUCGCGAGCCUUCUGGGCGUUCUCCUCCUCCACGACUCCCACUCGCCGCACCCCGUCGGCGGCACCGAAGCUUCUUCGACGCCGAGCUCCUCUCUUUGGGGCACUCUCUUCUUUGUGCCUCGGCAGUAUUUACGCCAUCGCUUGCAGGUCUGCAGCCCGUUUCCGUUUCGUCGCGCAAAACCCUAAUUCCCCGAUCUGGGAUCCGAUACCUGGAGAAUGGUCAAAGUUUGUUAACCAACCAUCCACCAGAGGUCUUCACUCUACUGGAAUGGAGGGUGCUUUAACGACUGUUCCAUCCAUUGUUGUUUAUGUUACUGUUCCAAACAAAGAAGCAGGCAUGAAGCUUGCAGAAAGCAUCAUCAAGGAAAAACUUGCUGCAUGCGUCAAUCGAGUGCCAGGUAUCGAGUCAGUUUAUUGGUGGGAUGGCAAGGUAGAGACGGAUGCUGAGGAGCUACUCAUAAUCAAGACUCGGGAGUCCCUUCUCGGUGCCUUGACCCAACAUGUGAAAUCCAAUCACGAGUACGACGUUCCUGAGGUCAUUGCCCUGCCCAUCACUGGUGGCAACGAAAAGUACCUCGAGUGGAUCAAGGACAGUACCAGAGACGACUAGUGUCUAUAUUUUCCCUGCCUGCGCAUGAACCAUAACGGAUUUGCGUGCUACUGCUGCACUCGUAUUAUAUUAAUUUCCCAACAGUUAUAUAUAUAUAUAUAUAAUUCCUUAAGAUGAUGAAAUCCAAACACGUUUAUCCUUACAAUUUCUGCUAAUGUGAGCCUGACAUCACAUGAUCCGAUCAGGCUGUUAUGCGAA